AUGGACGUACAUCAGGUUACGAUUGUAGGACUUGUGCGAUCAGUGAAAGAGCAGACAACGAAUAUAACAUAUGAGCUGGAUGAUAUGUCAGGCCCUCCACUCGAAGUCAAGCAUUGGUUGGAUAACAGCGGCAACGCGGCAAGCGACCAGACAAAGCCGAUCGUCGAAUACACGUACGUGCGCGUGCACGGAAACAUCCGCAAUUUCCAAGGUAAAAAAACGGUGGUCGCCUUCCGGAUAACCGAGCUUGAUGACCUGAACGAGCUAACGUCACACAUUCUGGAGGUCUGCCACAACCACCUGCAUCAUUCGGUGCAUAAAGGAAAGCCAGGUUCGAUGGGUGAACCCGCAGCAGUAGGCCAGAUGAACACAGGUACAGGCUUCCAGGGAAAUGUGGACAGUGGCGGUUAUGCUGGUGCAAUGCCACAAAAUGGUCUGUCAAAUGUUCAGCAACAGGAUUUAUAG